GCCAUUUUGCAAGAUGAUUUCAGCAAAGGCAUAUUUGAGAUGGAGCUUGAAGAUGUGGAUGACAUUGAGGAAAAUGAUGAGCCUGAUGUUGGAGAGUUUCGGUUAAGCAGUAAGAGUCUGGUUGGAAACAACAUUGUUGAACUGCUAGAUAACCUACUGGUUUUAACUGUUGAACAUCUUGAAUCUUGUGAAAGGGAAGGCCGCUUAGCGAAGGUAUUUGAAACACUUCUCCAGUCAUUUCAGAUAACAGUUUUGAGUGCCUACAAGUCAAAAUUUGCUCAGUUUGUUAUAUUCUAUGCUUGCGCAUUAUAUCCUGAAAACUGUGGUAUGAAAUUUGCCACAAUGCUGGUAAAAUUAUUUGUCCAAUACUCACAGCCCCAACCAACCAGGUAA